UGCGCGGCGAACGGGAGAGGAUGUGUGGCUCUUUCCCGGCUGUGGUGUGAAGUGAGGUAGUGGCCACUGUGUUCGCGGCGCAGACCCUCCAUGCGUUCAGACUAACAAAAGGAAGGCUGGCAACAGGAGCGACGGAAGGGAUCAGGCCACGGCUCACUGCGGCGUCCGGGAGUCUGAGCUGCCCCUCGCAAGCCUCAGGGACGCCCGAGCAGUGACGUGUGUGGUGGAAGGUCAGUCCACCGUCUCCAAACUCUUCGCCUCACACCGCCAUCAGCAUUUCUUGACAUUUCCUUCACCUCAACUUCACGCUCAGUUUAUUUGCAUUCUUAUUCAUUUUUUUUUUUUUUUUGCUAUCCCUCACUUUAGCUCCUUUUUUCCUGUGUUGCUGCCUACAAUGCGAGGCCACGCGGUGUUGGCCCUUGAGUCACUAGCGAGGCUUCUAUCGUGUAGGUUGAGUGAAGGUGAGCGGCAUGAGAGCAGCAACGGCGACAAUGGCCAAAAGGAUGUCCUCCGAUAAGCUUCCAGUGUCAUUGUCUCCUUUACAAUCCACCUAGCCACUCCGCCUUGCCGUCUCUGCCCUGCUUCUCACGGAUCUGUUACCGCGUUGCUGAACGAACAGUCGUCAUGGGGUUCAGGAGGGUGGCUCCAGUGGUUCACGUGGGAGGGCGUGGAUGGCUUCGUCUUGACGCCCGCCACGCCGCCCUCACAGCUGCACUCUACACCAUAGUGGUGUCUGUGGUGGUGGCUGCACUGUGCGGGUGGCGGCUGGCAGUGAAUGGGCGGCAUCCGAACCACCUUCAGGAUGUAUACUAUGGUGUGCAGAUCGCCUACCUGGCCACGCUGUGCACACACCUCGCCAUCAUUGUGCUCAGCUGCUUCCUCAUCGUGGGGAUAACGCAGGAGCGGCUGGAGCUGGUGUCGCUGUGGGUGGUGGCGAGCAUUGCGUUCAUGGCGCUGGAAGCUGUGUGCUGUGUGUACUCCAACGUGCUGCGGGACCACAUCAACAAGAGGUUCGACACGCUAUGCAAGGUAGAGAUGAGCUUCUUCACGGCACGAGUCUUUAUCAACAUUUUAGCCUUGUGGGGAGUAAUGAAGCUGUAUCGUAACCUCCGCGCUGGCUACUCCUACAAGGACCCCGAGGCCAUAGAGUUAUAGAGUGACACGGCUGACAAGUGGUGAGGAUUUUUGAGGCAAGGUUAAGUGUAUAGUAGUUCACACGCUCCUAAAAACCAGCAGUGUUGCUUAUCAGGCGUUCCUCAACUGGGCGUUACUGAGAGAGAGAGAGAGAGAGAGAGAGAGAGAGAGAGAGAGAGAGAGAGAGAGAGAGAGAGAGAGAGAGAGAGAGAGAGAGAGAGAGAUGGAU